CUCACUAUCACUGAGAGGGAAAAGAGCACAGCAUCAGCUUGACCGGAGAAAUUUCUGCUGUUCCCUCUGUCUGGAUCUACUGAAGGAUCCAGUGACUAUUCCCUGUGGGCACAACUACUGCAUGAGCUGUAUUAAAAGCCACUGGGAUAAGAGGGAUCAGAGGAAAGAAGUCCACAGCUGUCCUCAGUGUAGACAGACCUUUACACUGAGGCCUGCGCGGGCGGAAAACAGCAUGUUUGCAGAUUCAAUGAAGGGACAGAAGAAGACGGGACACCAAGUUGCUCCGGCUGAUCACUGCUACGCUGGACCUGAAGAUGUGGGAUGUGAUGUCUGCACUGUGAGAAAACGGAAAGCUCUCAAGUCUUGUCUGCAGUGUCGGGUCUCUUACUGUAAGGAGCACAUCCAACAACACUUUGAAGUUCCAUCAAAGAAACACAGGCUGGUCGAAGCUGCAAAGCUCCAGGAAAACAUCUGUACCGAACAUGACGAGGUGAAGAGCAUUUUCUGCCACACUGAUAAGCGAUGUAUCUGUGUUGACUGCUCAAUGAAUGAACACAAAGGCCACAACACAGUGAGAGCCUCAACAGAAAUGGCCAAGAGGCAGGGAGAGCUCAGAACAAGUCGACAAGAAAUCCAGCAGAGAAUCCAAAGCCGAGAGAAGGUUGUGAAGGAGCUUCAGCAGGAGAUGAAGGCCAUCAAUCGCUCUGCUUAUGCAGCAGCGGAGGACAGUGAGAAGAUGUCUACUGAGCUGAUUAAUCUCAUCGAGAAAAGAAACUCUGAUGUGAAGCGUAAGAUCAAAUUCAAGCAGCAAAUUAAAGUGAGUCGGGCCAAAGAGCUUCAGGAGAAGCUGCAGCAGGAGAUCACUGAUCUGAGGAGGAGGGACACUGAGCUGAAGCAGCUGUCACACACGGAGGAUCAAACCCAGUUUCUGCUCAAACACGCCUCGCUGCCAUGUCUCCCUAAUUCUACCGCCUUACCCUCUUGCAACACACGCUCUUUGCAAUACUUUAAGGAUGUGACUGCGUCUGUGUCAGCGGCCAGAGAAAAACUACAGGAAAGUUGUAGAAAGGAAUGGAACAAGAUCUCAAUGACAGUGAGUGAAGUGGAUGUUUUACUGCCACAGGACCCCAAGACGAGAGCUGAAUUCUCACAAUAUGCAGAUCACGUGAGCAAUUUCCAACUGGAUCAAAACACGGCGAGCAUGCAGAUGUUAUUGUCUCAAGAAAACAGAAAAGUAACGUGUAUGAAAGAUAUACAGUCGUAUCCUAAUCACGCAAACAGAUUCAUGGACAGGUCUCAGGCUGUGUGUAAAAGACGUCUGACUGGACGUCAUUACUGGGAAGUGGAGUGGAGCGGCUUAGGAGUUUCAGUAGCAGUUGCAUACAGGGAUAUUGCCAGAACAGGAGAUGCAAGUAUAUUUGGUGAGAAUGACAAGUCUUGGGCAUUGAUGUGUGUGAACAAAAAUACUCAUACAAUUUAUGAUUACAAACAUAACGGUGAAAAAACAAUUAUUCCAAACGUCCCCAAGUCCUCCAGAGUCGGGGUGUUCCUGGAUCACAAGGCAGGGAUUCUGUCCUUCUACCGCAUCUCUGAGACUUUCACUCUCCUCUACAAAGUCAAGACCAAGUUCAGUCAGCCACUCUAUGCUGGACUUGGUGUUUAUUAUUUUGGAUCUACAGCUGAGUUUGUGUCAUCAAGUAGACAAAGAGUUACAGUGGAUUUUCCCCAGGAGACAGCAGCUGUGUAGAUCAGCAAAGAGGGAGGGCUUUCCCAAAUUAGAUAGAGGUUGAUUAACUGUUGUGCAACCUAAAUGGAUAUUGAACCGUGUGUGGUGUAUAUAGUCCUAUUUGUUCUAUAAUUGCAUUGUUGCUGUAAUGUGUUCUGCUCUGUGUGACUUGGGCCUUAAUUGAGCAGUGUGAUAUAAGUCUUUUAUUUAUUAAGAAUGGUUUUGUUUUCACAAUUUCACUUUGUCAGUGUAUUCAUAAAAGUGCAGUUAAGUUUUAAUCGUUAAUCUGAUUCAUCAUUGGAUUACUUUCCUCCACAGCGCUGACAUACUUAGCAUACUGGUUUUGUGUAUAAAGUGAACACAUAGUGGGGAACGCUCCCCAGAGAAGGAAGUGUAGGGUUGUGAACGCAGCCCUCAGAUGGCUCAUCCCCUCAAUCAGUGCCAGCAAAUAAAACGCACCCGUGGUUCUGGCCUCACUCCUUUCUUUUGGCCCCUGGUACUCUGUGGUGGCUCAUGGUGGGUUUCAGACAUUUUUCUCCUCUUGUUGCCGUCUGACUACUUACCCCAUAUGUGAGGUGGUUCACCUGCUGCUGUUUUGCUGCCUCCAUUUUGCCUGUUUUUCCUCUGCUUUGCAUGUUCUGGCAGUUUUUCCUCUGCUUUGCAUGUUUUGACUGUUUUUCCUUUGUUCUGCAUGUUUUGGCUGUUGUUUUGAUGAUUUUCAUAGAUUCCUUUAAUACAUUUUCGGUUCAUUUUUACAAAACACGCAUCUGUGUGCCCUUAACAAAUUCUACACCAUAUAUUUGGGUCGUUAAGCUUAUAUUUCCCAGGGUGUAAUUCCCCAGGUGGCGUUGUUGGUUCCCUUUCAUUUCCCCCCUAAGGCCCGGCCGCUACACAUAGAUGGAAAGAUAAGAUUGUCUUUUGAAAUCAUUUUAUGAUUGAAUAUGUGAAUAAAGUCCAUCAGUAAAGUUGCUUAGAAGCAUUACAGAUAAGACGUUUUACAGCUACGGACAUGUUUCAAUAGAGUAUUCAGCAAAGAGAUCAUAAGACAUGUCCAAUUUUACAGUCACUGUCUCACUGUAAGUCUUUCAUGACACUGACAAAAUAAAAAAAUAUUCAAAAAAUACUCUGUAUAUAUUAUAAUAAUAAAUACUGUAAAGAUGUAACCUCUUGUGUGUUGUAUGUGGUGCUGCUGUUUGCUGAUUGGAUAUGUUAAAUAAAAAACACAAGUAGUAUAAUAAGUUAUUGCUUGUUUGUUCUAUGCCUCUGUGACAUCAAUAUUUUGUGAAUGUUUGUCCCGUUUAUUCAAAAUGAAGCCGAUACACAUAGUAUGGAAAAAAGGUAGGCCUAAAUGUAAAUUACACAGGUGAUGUAUUUGUAUGGCUACAGCUUUAAUUUGGAACAGAUAACAGCAGUAGGUUUAAGGAAAAUAAAAUAAGCAAGUUUAUGACAAAAUAUUUACUGAAUGGAUCUUUUUCACAGCAGACAUUUUGACUCGUCAUUGUAGGAAAAGCACACAUGGAUUUAAUGAUAUUCAUGAUGGGUCUGUUCUUUUGCAGUAAGCCACACCAGUGUGUCUGUGUGUCAGCUUGCACAAUACAAGGACCCUGUGACCUAAACAGCUA